UUUAGAUUUAAUUUGACGAAAAUGUACACGUUCUAUCAAAGUCUAGCGUAACAAACUAACUACAUUUCAAAUGCAACAUUUAUUAACACGAAUAAUAAAGUGUGGUGCAGAUUAAACAUCGACCCGUUCUGUUCAGCACAGGAACGCUGCGCUGCACGGUCCAACCCAGCAGAUGUGGUAACAAUCACCUGGAUACCUUCUUGUGUUCACGUGCACGUGUGCUGAAGUGAUGUCUGAAACGGUAUUUACAAUAAAUCCUGCCAUCAUGCAGCCCUUUCUUCUCCUCACCUCGUACACUCCUCGAAUCUCGUGUGCACCACAUACAGUACAGCGUCAUACCUGCAUACCUGUCCUCUGAAGAUGCGUAGAGACUCCUUUCAUCCAUCCGUCUUCUCUUCUGUUGUGGUUACAGGUUACAGAAAUAAAUACAUGAAUAAAUAAAAAUACAAAAGUUCAUAAACAAGACUCAGAUGAGAAGUUGUGCAUCAUGUGGCAAGAGUCUGAGGAGCUGCGUUGUGGAAAUGUUACGGUAAACGUAUCUCUCUCAGAAGGAAGUCAGUGCAUAAGACAGCAUUUAAGCAGUGCUCCCCAGCUGCAGCACUGUGGUGUAAUUCGGAACCUUUAUUUAUUUUAUUUUUCUACACCAAUUACAUUCAUUUCCCCACCCAGGAGGCGGUCUGAACCAGGAAGGCUUCAUUGUUUUCACUUUCACGUCUCUUCUGAAGUGCUCACAACUUAAAAAUCUUUCCCUCUGCCUCCUUCUGGGUUUCAGCGCCUUCUUCAUGGCGUCAGCUCUAGAAGACGAUCUCUCGUGCCCGGUGUGUUGCGAGCUUUAUCAGGAUCCUCAGCUCCUCUCCUGUGGACACACUUUCUGCCGACAGUGCCUGAAAAAGCACUGGAAUGUAAACACCGCGCGGACAUGUCCCGUGUGUCGCGGUGUGUCUCUGCAGGAACCCGUGUCCAACCUGGCUCUGAGGAACACCACCGAGUCCUAUCAGAGGGAGAAAGAAAGGGAGAGGAAGGAGAGAGAGCGUGACAGUGAAGUCAGAUGUUCUGAACAUGGAGAAAAAGUCCAGUUCUUCUGCAAAACUGAUAAUGAGGUCAUGUGUUCAAAGUGCAGGAAAGAACGCCACGCAUCGCACAGAGUUCAGCCUCUCGAACGUGCUGUACAACAACACAAGGACAGAGUUAAAGCUGCGCUCCGUCCAGCUGAAAAAGCUCUGCAAUCUCUAAAGAAAGGCACGAGUCAGAACGCUCAAAUUGCCAAGCACAUUCAGUCUCAGGCCCAGCAGGCAGAGAGGCAGAUAAAAGCAGAAUUUGAGAAAUUUCACCAUUUCCUCAGAAAGGAGGAGGAGGCCAGGAUGGCAGCGCUGAAGAAAGACGUGGAGAAAAAGAGAGGGAAGGUGGAGGAUAAGAUAGAACAAGAGAUACUGUUUCUUUCUGACAGAGUGAGGGAGGUGGAAGAAGAAAUGGAGACUGAGGACGCUGCAUUUUUGCAGAAUUAUAACUUUGUACUGCAGAGAGCUCACCGCACAAUGUUGGCUUCAGAGUUACAUUCAGAAAAUCUCAUCAACAUGGCUGAUCAUGUGGGGAAUCUGGGAUACCGAGUGUGGGAGAAGAUGACGGACAUUUUCCUUUACCAUCCGGUCCUCCUGGAUCUGAACAGUGCUCCUGAGGAUUUUUUCAUAUCUGAUGACCUGGCGAGUGUAAGAAAGUCAUCCAAAAUCCAGCCGAACCCUAUUCCAUUUCAUGGGAACCGUUUGGUGCUGGGAUCUGAGGGAUACAGUGACGGCUACCACUGCUGGAACAUCGAGGUGGGAGACAGUAGGCACUGGACUCUCGGUGUGUGUCAACGCUCAGCAGACUUGAAUUUGGCAAAGCGUUUGACUGCAGAAAUGGGCUUCUGGGGUCUCACAAGAAAAGGGGAGUCUUACAUGCUCCUGACAUCCUACAAAUACUCGUUCAGGAUACGCAAAAAGCCAAGAACAGUGCAGGUGCAACUGGGAUGGUGGUAUACCUUAGGCAACCUGAAGAUAAGUCGGAUGGUGAGAUUUGUGGAUGUCAGCGAUGGAUCUGUGAUUGCGUGUUAUACUGGAAUUCCCAGUGGUGUGCUGUUGUUCCCGUUCCUGAUCCCAGAAGAACGUCAUUCUCAUCUGCGCAUUACUCCUGAUAAUCCAGCCAUGGUCAUACAGCACACAUUUAUAGAGAGACAAGAAAGUCAGAUCCCUGUUUACCUCAUAUAUUUGUUCUUAGGGGGUUGUAUCAUUUACAUAUUAUUGUUUGGAGUGAGUGAAAAAAUGCAUGAGUGAGUGAGUAAAUGAGGGAGUGUGAGAGUAAAUGACUGAGUGAGAGAGUGAGUAAGCAAAUGAGUGAGUAAAUGAGUGAGUGAGUGAGUGAGUGAGUGAGUAAAUGAGUGAAUGAAUGAGUGAGUGAGUGAGUAAAUGAGUGAAUGAAUGAUUGAGUGAGUGAGUAAAUGAGUGAAUGAAUGAGCGAGUAAAUUAGUGAAUGAAUGAAU